AUGCUCUUUAGAAUUUUUUCGUUUCCAUUUCAACAAUCCAUUGUCACUUUUAAUAGCCUAGUCAAUCCAUGCUUUUACCAACAAGUUCGUGGUGUUACAAGACUUUGGGAACGUGGUAAAGUAAAAUAUCCACCUUCAAAACCAUUCAACAAAACAGCGCGAUAUAGAAGUAUGUUGAAGGCGAAACUGCAUGGUAAAGAAGAGCCACCAACAAUACAACCGCAACCCGAUACUGUAGAGAUCACUGGUGAAUUCACGGACAACCCGUUUAGCCAGGUCAUAAAUGGUCAAAAGAACAAUGUAAAACUAACUUUUGACAAUAAGGGUAAAACAAACUAUACUAUCGAUGUCGUCGCUGGAGCUCUGGUUAAUAAAGACAGCCCAAAUGAAAUCUAUCGCAACUUAACCUCUCUCAGGUACUCCCUCCAAGCACCUGCUAUGGAUCACGUUGAAAUUCCAUAUUAUUUUUAUUCUGAAUUUCCAACACAGGAAAUUGAUAUUGUUUUAUUUGUCUUCUUUUCUGACGAAGAAAAACAACAGUUUAGAGGUGUUGGAUUUAAUGGAACGGUCAUUAUCGUCGAUCCUGAACAUUCAAUAUUUGAUCUCCAGCUUCUUUUCUUGUACGUUUUGCUUUUUGGCAUGAUUUCGGGUAUAGGAUACAUGAUUUACCAAGCAUUCUUUGGAGGAAUAAAAACUAAAAAGGGCAAGCGUCCUAUUAUCAAACAAGAAGAUGUAACUACGGCUACAAGUUCAUCAUAUGAUGAGAACUGGAUUCCUGAAUCUCAUUUAAAACCAUCCACAAGAUCAUCCAGUCGUCUUAAAAAGAAGAAUGAUUCAAAAAGUGAAUAA